AUGCAAAUUGAUUAUUUAACAAGAUUAAAAAUAUAUAAUUCUCCAAUUUUAAAAUUGUAUCGCGGUCAAGUUAUGACAAGAGAUGAAUUAGAAAAUAAUUUCCGUGCUAAUAAAGGAAAUCUCAUAUCAAUGAAUAGUUUCUUAUCAACGACAACAGAUCGUUACGUAGCUCGUUUCUUUGCUGGUGAUGGUCAUAUUGAAAACCUGGAAACUCAAGUAUCUGUAUUAUAUGAAAUUGAAAUUGAUACUCGAUUGCCUCAUUCAGUACCAUUUGCUGAACUCGAUGAUCAGAGCAUUUUUGAACAUGAACAUGAAGUACUCUUUUCGAUGGGAGCUGUUUUUCGUAUCGGAGAAACUUAUGAAGAACAUAGAUAUUUAUGGACAGUGAAAUUAAUUUUAACUUCGGAAGAAGAUGAACAAUGGAAUGUUUUAACCGAGCAUUUAUCAGAAGAACAAGAAACGACUAAUAGAAUUAGUAGACAGACUUCGAUGAUCGAUAAUGUAAACGAAGACAUUAAGAUCAUUCCAAUCGCUACGAAUAGAAAAAGACGAAGUCGAAGUUUUGAUGAUCAUCAUUGUUCAAAACGUGAAUUUCGUCGAUCGCGUUUGGCAGAAACUUUUCGAACAAGAAUGAGUCGACGAUUUGAACAUCCAGAUUUUCAACCUAUCCAUAAAGAAAUUUAA